GUAUUAGCAGUCAUCUUCUAAAGAUUUUAUUCUUUUAAAAUCAGAGAGGAAAACAAAUAUAUAUAUAAAUUGAUCACCAAAUAAGCAAGCAUUAUUCUGCAAAAUAAAAUAUUCUCGGGUGGGUUCUGCUCUUUCAGAUUUUUCUUGCUUUCGCUCCUUAUAAGAACCUUUUUCUUUUUCUUCUUACUAUCUCAUUCACUUGCACUUCCUUUUCUAAUUUUCUUUCCUUAAAAUCUCUUUUUCCUCCUGAGACAGCGAGAGAAAUGGGAAAGUUAAAUGAAGUGUUUUACAAGUUGAGACCUUAUAUUCUAAUGGUAUGCUUGCAAUUUGGGUCUGCUGGCAAUUACAUUAUCAGCAUGGUAACUCUUAACCAUGGCAUGAAUCGUUAUGUCCUCAUUGUCUACCGCAACGGCAUCGCUGCCCUUGUUCUUGCCCCUUUUGCUCUCGUUCUUGAGAGGAAAAUAAGGCCAAAGAUGACAUUCAAAGUCUUCCUACAAAUAGUGGCACUUGGGUUUUUAGAGCCAAUUCUUGACCAAGGCUUCAGUUACUUAGGGAUGCAAUAUACAUCAACAUCAUACACAUCUGCCAUCAUGAAUGCUGUUCCCUCUGUCACCUUCGUACUUGCUAUGAUUCUUAGGUUAGAGCGCAUAAAGAUUAAGGAGAUAAGAAGUCAAGCAAAAGUAAUUGGAACUGUAGUGACUUUUGGAGGAGCUUUACUUAUGGCAUUGUACAAAGGUCCAACCAUCGAUCUAAUAAGCUCAGGCAGAACAAGUCACCAUGGAAGUUCUGAUGACUCUUCUGGUAAACAUUGGGUGACUGGUACCCUAUUAAUCCUUGUAGGCUGUGUCGCCUGGUCUGCUUUCUACAUUUUGCAGUCGAUAGCAUUAAAGAAGUACCCGGCGGAACUGUCUCUCUCCUCCUUGAUAUGCUUAUCCGGCACUGUACAGAGUUUGGCCGUAGCACUGGCAGUUGCCCACCACCCUAGUUCAUGGGCAGUUGGCUGGGACUCCAGACUCCUCGCUCCUGUUUACACUGGAAUUGUUACCUCUGGAAUCACUUACUAUGUGCAAGGUAUUGUGAUGAAGACAAGAGGUCCCGUAUUUGUAACAGCAUUUAACCCUUUAUGCAUGAUCAUAGUUGCUGUUCUUGGCUCCAUUAUUUUAGCCGAGAAGCUUUAUCUUGGAAGUAUACUUGGAGGGAUCAUAAUCGCAAUUGGGUUAUACUCUGUGGUGUGGGGCAAAAGCAAGGACUACUCAUCAAAUCAAGAGCCCCCCAUUACUGAAAAGGGCGCCGCCCCAGAAUUACCAAUCACAGCAACUGAUCAAGGAGAUAAUAACAAUGGUGGGAAGUAACUAAACAAGCAAGCAUGCAUUGUAUGUAAACAAAUCACGCCUAGGCUCUUUUUCCCAAUUACAGCAUCUAAAUUUCCAGAGGCAUUUCCUUUAUAUAUGGGCUCCCUCCAUAUAAUUUGGUAUGUAAAGUGAUUAAUAAUUGUACACUUGUGCCUUCGUCUUGGCUUGCAAUAAGCCACCACUCACACCAAAUAAAGUGUAAUAUAGUGGGGCUAGAAAUUGUUUUGAUUUGAUUAGAAGUAUUAUGGAAAACCAAAUUGCUUGCUACAUUUGCUAAAGCUAGCAGACCCCAUAUAUGAUCACUUGGCCUUAAUAUAGGCACCUAAAA